AUGUCAACCCUCGCGUUUCCGAUCCUGUGGAAGGAUGUCCACGAACGCGGCAUCAAGGGGAUUAUCGAGGUGCAUAUGUCCGACUUACCUCUAAGAGGCGCGCAAGUUGGAGAUUUGUUCCCGGUUCUCAACACAAAGAUCAACGCCAAGUUCCCAGGCCGAAAUUUCCGCGAAGUGGAGAGCUUCCUUCUUUUCGGACAACGUCUGAGUCGAGGGCAUAACCUGGAAGCGCUCAUUCCAAAGUUGGGUAGCAGCCACCGUUUUGUUGCGAAUAUGAGAUCCUACCCAAAAAGAGCGCCCAGAACCAAUAUCACGAUCUUCAUAAAGACACUUACGAACCAGAAUAUCCUGGUUCACUGCGAUUCCACCGAUACGGUCGGCGAUAUCAAGAUUCGAAUUCGAGAGAAAGAAAACCUUGACCCAGAGUACCAGCGUCUCAUCUUCGCAGGCAAGGAGCUAGAAGAUCAUCUCUCGCUGUAUUCGUAUGGAAUCAAGAACAAGAGUCAAGUGCAUUUGGUCCGGCUGAUGCGUGGUGGCGGAGCUCGGUCGCGAACCUUUGCAGAUGUGUCAAACGACUCGCUCCUGACGGAGCUAGACUUUGCAGACGAUGGCCCCGAAUGGCUGACCGUAUACGAAGGACUUAACAUCGAAGGAAGGUGCAAGAAUGUUAGCUGUGAGGCAUAUCAGAAAACGAUUGUCCACCCCAAACGCUUCGAGCCAUUCAACCUUAUGCAGGAUGAUAUUCAGUGCCCGAUGUGUUUCACGAAUGUGAAGCCUCGCACCUGUGGCUUUUACAACUGUGCGUGGAAGUUUGAGGGUGUGCAGCAACAAGAUGGUUUUACGAUCAUCUCGCAGUGGAAGGAUGCGUAUGGAGAGAAAUACCAUCUCUUUAAGGCAGGCAAAAACUACGGCUCUGUUGAAUGGGAGAGCCUUUUGAUUGUUGCCAAACCGCGAGAAGGGUCGAUGGCGAUAAAACUAUCGCCAGCUGCGCCGCCUGCCAGAAACGACAAGUGCACGAUCUGCUGGUCGGAUUUCGGCUCUACAGCCAGUGGUUAUAUCGUCACGUUUGGCUGUGGCCACAGUUUCCACCGUGCUUGCAGUGACACUUGUACGCAAUGGUGUACAAAGAAUGACUUCCUACCGAGCUGCCCUGUGUGUCGCGGAGAAGUGCACGCACCUGGGCGCAUCUAUUGA